UAUACUGCAGGCUUUGCUGCCUGUCAGCAAACGAGCUGAGACCAAAGUCCAACCCCACAUGACUUGAAGAUUUCAGGAAGUGUCCUCUGAGGAACUCUGCAGCUGUGUGUUAAAAGGUGUUUUUGCAGCAUGGGAGUCUACUGGAGAUGUCUGCUGCCGUGCGUUGUGCUGUUAGCCAGUGUGACUCCAGUGUCAGCUGCAGCUCAGCCAGGUUUCAUAGAGAGUCUACUUUUGGCCACACACCAGCGUCCCUGGCUCUGGGGCGUGUAUGUCUUCACUGUUGGACUUCCUGUCAUCCUCUUCAUCAGCUUCAUGUGGCCUGACAAGAGGUUUGGGCCCCCUGAUCAACCGUAUUACUAUAAGAAGUCUGAUGAUGCACAACCAGAUGAUCCCAACGUCUCACAGUGGACAGAGUCGGUCAACCCCAAAGAAAAGGCUGAUGGAGCUGCGACAAGGAGGAGAGACACUCAUGGUGUCCAGAAGAAGUCUGAUUUAGACCACAAGAAACACUGAUUGGAGCAUUAACCCAGGAGAAGAGCUCAUCAGCAGAGGAGAGAGACCACCAUUCAAGAGGAAGUGCUGAACAGAGAACUAUCACACCUUCGGCCGCCUGAAAUGACGACGAUAUCUGAGCAAAUGCUGUGUUAUAGUUGUGGGAUUGAAAAACAGAAAGGUCAAAGUUAAAUUGCUUCUGAAUGUUCCCAUUGAAUGUGUUAUCUGUACAGAUCAGGUACUGUAAAUGUGUGGUGUUUGCCAAGCUCUGCUUUAAAGAGUAUUUCACCUGGAUCAGCUGUUCAGGGCUGUCUGUGUAUGUAGCUGUAGUGGCUCCACCUGGUGGCAGUUAAAGGUAAAAACUCUUUUUAGUCAUUUGACUGAUAAAAAGC